GAGAAACAGAAUCUUUAUAUACACAUGCAUAAUAAUCAAGAAAUCCAUUCUGCCAUAAAUUUUUCUCUCCCUCGUACAUUGUUUCUAGGGUUUGUUUUUUUCGAUUCUGUAGAUUAGGUUUUUUUCUGUAGAUUUCGUUGUCAUGGCAGGCGCUGGAAUCCACCCAUACCACCAGCAAUGGCCGCCGGCACCAGCUCCACCUCCGCCACCGGCCGCUGCAUCCGCCGCAGCACCGCCUCCUCCUCCUCCCGUUCCUUAUGACAACGCUAACCGCCCCGGUCAUGAUGAGGUUCGCACGAUUUUCAUUACUGGUCUGCCUGAAGACGUUAAGGAGAGAGAGCUACAGAACCUACUGAGAUGGCUACCAGGUUACGAGGCGUCACAAGUGAACUACAAGGGAGAAAAACCCAUGGGCUUUGCUCUCUUCUCGACUGCCCAGCUUGCAGUUGCUGCGAAAGAUGCUCUUCAGGAAAUGAUAUUUGAUGCAGAUAGUAAAUCUGUGCUGCACACAGAGAUGGCCAAGAAAAAUCUUUUUGUUAAGAGAGGAAUAGUUGCGGAUUCUAGUGCGUACGAUCAAAGCAAACGUUUGCGGACUGGUGGUGACUAUUCACAUACUGGUUAUACAGCUCCAUCUCCAUUUCACCCUCCUCCUGCUCCUGUUUGGGGUCCACAUGGGUAUAUGGCUCCUGCUCCACCUCCAUAUGACCCAUAUGGAGGUUAUCCAGUUCCUCCAGUAUCAAUGCCUACACCUGCUCCUGUACCAGCUCCUAGCAGUUAUGUGCCUGUUCAGAAUACAAAAGAUAAUCCUCCGUGCAAUACCUUGUUUAUUGGUAACCUUGGAGAGAAUAUAAAUGAGGAAGAGCUGAGGGGGCUAUUCAGCGCGCAACCUGGUUUUAAGCAAAUGAAGGUCUUGAGACAAGAAAGACAUACUGUUUGCUUUAUUGAGUUUGAAGAUGUGAACAGUGCAACCAAUGUGCAUCAUAAUUUGCAGGGUGCUGUUAUCCCCAGUUCAGGUUCUGUUGGCAUGCGGAUACAAUAUUCGAAGAAUCCAUUUGGAAAAAGGAAGGAUGGUGGCCACGCUAUUGGUUCUCCAGCAGCAAAUGGAGCUCCACCAGCUCUGACCUAUCAGUAGCUCGAAGGGAAUGUACUCUGUUCUUUAUGCUCGGGAAAAUUCAACUACAUGAUAGGAUGCAUCUUGCAGCUGUUGCAUGCAUCCAUUUCAUUGUCAACAUCAGCAUUAGCAUCUUUUCUCAUGUGAAAGAAUGCACAUAGUGGUGUCAUGACCAUACCAUUGUCGUGUUAUGCUAAUUAUCUAUGACAUGCAUUUAUCAGCAGCAUGUGUUAAUUUGUGGAUAUAUUAAUAGGGGCUUGGAUGUUGUUAAAUUUGUAGAACUGGUGCAUGUGUUGCCGUAUUUUUAGUUUUCACGUGCUUUACCACUCCAUUGACCAUGUGGCACAUCAAGAUUAAGAUUCUAGUUUAAGUGAAUGCCUUCCUCUACUGCUUAUUUUUCUAUAUCAUUAGGUUCAACUACACUACAUUGCUCAACAUGACAUCGGAAGUUGAUGUGAGUUUUGUGCAAGGUUUAAUUACAUUACAUUACCUAACAUUACAUCUGAGAGUGAUCCUAAGUUUCAUUUCAUGGCACGAGUUUAUUAUGGUACAAGAGAGCUAGGAAAUCACGCCAUCGAUCAUUUUAUUAAUGAAAAUUACUUGCAAUUGCCAUUGCCAUUGCCAUCCAUCUCCACUUUCACAAUAGGGGUAUUUAGGGAAUUAAAUCAAUCAGUUAAGCAAAGAACUGAUAUUGGUGCUUUAACAUUCAGACUCUUCAAAGCAUAAUACUCUGAGAAAUGUCAGAAAAUGUAUUAUGCUGUGAUCUUAUAUGCAGGAUUGUAUUAAAUGACCAAGCUUCCAUUUGUUUGAGGAGAUCAGGUACUGCAGCUGCUUUUUGUUACAGGUAAUUGUGCUUUAUACCUGUCAAGAAAGCCGGUCAAGCAUCCCUAUCUGGAUGUUAAUUGACUGCUCCUAGGACUAAACAUGUUAAGUUUCACUGGAUGCUGGUUUGAGAUGCAAAAUGUUGAGCUGGAGACUAGUCAUCAACGAGGAAGCUUUUUCUGCUCGUUUCUAACUGUGAUCUUAUAGUCAAAUGGGGUCUGCAUGCUCUGAUUUUGGAGGAAGUCUUGGGUUCUUGUUUGCGGUCCUUGAUGCAUGUUUGAUAAAUCUGCAACAGAAAAGUGUUAUAGGGCGAGAAUAAAUGAAAGAUAGAAAUGGACAGUUUAAUUGUGGUUUUAUAUUGAUUAAAGUAUCUCAUACUACUUGGCCUUACUCAAUCCUUGGCAUGCUCUCUCUGUCUCCUUCUUUUUGAGGACCAUGUUUCUUUAGGUGUUCAACUGAAGAAGUAUUAUAUUGUUUUAUCUCAUGUUUGGUUUUGUUGUGUCCUU